GCGGGUAAGGGACAGCGUGAUUGUUGACCAAGGGAGCGCUGCGCUCGUGCCGAAUCGUCGUUUUGGGGAGGUUGGGUUGAAGAGGGACGCGAGGAGGAAGAGAGGAAGAAGGGAGACGAGGAAGAGAAGCGGAGACGAGGAGGUAGAGCAAAAGGGAGGACAGGGAAAUGGCAACAGAAGGGAAAACGAGGGGGUAGAGGAGAAGGGGGGAAGGAGACAACAGAAAGGAGAGGAGGACAGAGAGAAGACAACGAAAAGGACAAGCGAGACUGAAUAGGGGGGCAAGGACGAGGGAGAAGAGGAAGAUGAGUAGGAAGGACGACAAACGAAGAAAGGGAUGAGGAAUAUGAGACGGACAGGAGGAAGAAGACGAGGAGCAGGAAAAAAGACGAGGGGAAAGGAAGGACGAUAAACGGUAACAAACGAGGCGAGGAGGACGAGGAAUACGAGACCGGCAGGAGGAGGAAGACGAGCAGCAGGAAGGAAGACGAGGAGGGGAAAGGUAGGACGACGAACGAGACGAGGACGAUGAAUACGACACCGACAGGAGGUGGAAACGAGGAGCAGGAAGGAAGACGAAGGCAAAGGAAAUAUGACAAAAGAGACGACGAGGAGGAGGAAGACGAGACGGACAGGAGGAGGAAGACGAGGAUGAUGAAGGAAAGGGGGAGAAGGAAAAGGAGGAAGGAGACGAGGAGGCGAAGGGAGGAAGGCGAGAAUGAGGAGGAGAAGAAGCGAGACUGAGUACGCGGGCAAAGAGGACGGACAGUCAACGACGAAGUUGAAGAGGAUGAUGGUGGCGGAGGAGGAGGGAAGGCAGCAGACAGCGCUCGAAGUGGAGGGACAGCGGGAAUGCAGCAGGGCAAACCAGUGGUUGAUAGGAGCAGCCAGGGAGCGGCGCAGAGGAAAGGAGGCCCGGGAACAGUGUCAUCGCCCACCAGCGCUAUAGGGGAGAGGAAACCCAUCGUGGACAGGGGAGGAGCGGAGGGGUCACCAAGACUAAGGAGAGAGGACAGCUGGGUCACGAGGAGAGGAGGGUGAGAAUAGCGGCGACACGGGAAGACAGCUUCGGGAGCACGUGAGGGCUGUGGCGAGUUUUUUUUCCCCCUUCCCUUUUGUAAAUGUUGACGGGCUUGGGGACACCAGGCAAUUGAGAUUCAGUGGGACCAGCCAAGUUUGAAACCGGGUGGAGCUAGGUGAAUGAAAUUCCCGAAUGACCUGGGACCAGUGGGCUCGACGAUGAUAUGAGGAGGUAGGAUGACGUUGAUGGUGAAGUAGGUAGACAAUGAGCGAGAGCGAGACACGUGAUCGAUGAGCAGGAAGGGAUGAGAUGGAUGCAGCAAGCAGGAAGAUCGAUGAUUAGAAGGCAGGAGGAUGGUGGAGGGAGAAAGAUGGAGCGAGAGGGAGGAGAAGAUCAAUGACCAGAAGGAGAGGGUGAUGGAUGAAGGAAGAUGGAGUGAGAGGGAGCAGAUGAGGGAAGGAGACACGUGUGAUCGAUGGGUAGGAAGGGAAGAGAUGCAUGCAGCAACCAGGAAGAUUGAUGAUUGGAAGAAGGGAGAGCGAUGAAGGAAGGAAGAUGGAGCGAGAGGGAGAAGAAGAUCGAUGAGUAGGAGGGAGCGUGAUAGAGCAAGGAAGAUGGAGCAAGAGGGAAGAGACGAGCUGCAGCAACAAGUAGGGAAGGAUGAUGUGCCAAGGACGGAAAGGAUGGUCGGGAAGGUGGGAUGCCGACGAAUGUGACGGUUACGUGGAAGGGGAGGGAGGAAAGGGCGGUUUCACGUGGAAGAUUAGAACAGGGGGGGAUAACGUGGAAGGGGGGAGAAAGGACGAUGUGGAAGGGUGGAAGGGCUGUGCUUAUUUUUCUUUUUUUCCCCCUCUUUUAAAGGUUGACGGGCUUGCGAUAUCAUCAUCAAACUGAUUCAGUUCUCACCGAUGCUCCUGAAUAAUAAAAUGAAUGGAAAUAACAGAUGCCGAUUUUCGAAAAGGCAGGCAACAGUAUGACUGCGCCCAGCUCAGUUAGUAGACCCGUGAACUUUUCAAAUCCGGAACUAAGUUUGAAUCCAGGUGGAGCUAGGUGAAUGAAAUUCCCGAAUUAUCUGGGGUCAGUCAGUUCGACGAUGAUAUCUGAAGACCGCUGCCAGCAGGGAGGGAGAUAGGACGAGGUGGGGUGACGUUGGUGAUAGAGGGAGGAGGUGGAGAAUGAGGGACGCAUGUGGUUCAUGACUAGGAAAGGAGGAGAUGGAUGCAACAAUCAGGAAGAUCGAUGACUGAGAGGAGGGCGGAUGAUGGAGGAAUGAAGAUGUAGGGAAAUA